GUUCUUCACUGGCCAAAGCGAACGACACGGCGGAGCAUAAAAAUUUUCGCUCUGCGAUUAUUUAACUUAAACCAAAAUUGCUUAAAAAGCCCUUGCAAUAAAUUAGUAAUUAACGACCAUGGCCUGCAAUGCCAGUAAGACGCAUCUAUUGCGUGCUAUCGCUAAACGAGGCUAUGCGACCUCUCCCCGGCCAGUGGGUGAUGCCUCCGCCAUCAAUGUGAAUGUGCUGGAAAACAAAUUGGUGGUAGCCACUGCCGAUGCCACUCUGCCCGUUUCCCGUGUGUCCAUCGUGUUGGGGGCUGGUUCCCGCAAUGAAGCCUAUGAUGCUUUGGGGGCUUCACAUCUGCUCCGUUUGGCCGGUGGCCUGAGUACCAAGAAUUCAACUGCUUUUGCCAUUGCCCGUCAUAUCCAACAAGUCGGUGGCAACCUAACCACCUGGGGUGAUCGUGAGGUUGUUGGUUACACUGUGGAAACCACUGCCGAUAAUGUAGAAACUGGUCUGCGCUAUCUCCAGGAUCUGUUGCAGCCUGCCUUCAAGCCCUGGGAGCUUAAGGAUAACAGCAAAACCUUGCUUGAUCAAUUGAGUGCUGUGACCACUGAGCAACGCGCCAUUGAGCUGGUUCACAAGGCUGCUUUCCGUUUGGGACUGGGUAAUUCGAUUUAUGUGCCACGUUUCCAGUUGGGUAAUCUCUCCACAGAGACUCUGCUGCACUAUGUGGCCAAUAACUAUGCACCCAGUCGCGCAGCUGUUGUCGGUGUGGGCAUUGACAACAAUACUUUAUCCGGUUUCGCCCAAACCCUGGAGUUCCCCACUGGCAGCGGCAGCGGCAAAGCUUCAUCGGCCAGCUACUAUGGCGGUGAUGCUCGCAAGGACACAGCCGGUCAUCGGGCCACAGUGGCUGUUGCUGGUCUAGGUGGAGCCGCCUCAAAUCACAAAGAGGCUCUGGCCUUUGCCAUUCUGGAGCAAACUGUUGGUGGCGUAGCAGCCACCAAGCGUGGCAAUUCCGCUGGAGUUUUUGGUGAGGCUGCUAGCUCUGCUGGUGGUUCAUCCACGGUCAAGGCUUUGAAUGCUUCCUACUCGGAUGCUGGUCUCUUUGGUUUCGUUGUCUCUGGCGACAGCAAGGAUAUUGGCAAGACUGUUGACUCUUUGGUGCGUGCCUUGAAAUCAGGUUCCGUGUCCGAGAAGGAUGUGGCUCGCGGCAAGGCUCUGCUAAAGGCUCGCGUUUUGGCCAAAUACUCAUCCGACUCUGGUCUGAUUAAGGGCAUCGGUCGUCAGGCUGCUCUCACCAGAACCGUAUUGGAUGCCGACACACUGAUUGCUGCCAUCGAUGGUAUUUCACAACAACAGGUUCAGGAAGCCGCCAAGAAGGUGGCCAGCUCCAAGCUGUCAGUGGGCGCCAUUGGAAAUCUGGCGAAUGUCCCAUAUGCAUCCGAUUUGGCUUAAGUAGAUCAAUGGAUUCAUAGGAUCCCCCUCCUUCAAUUGUAAAGAAUAAAACAAAACAAAAACACAAAACCUAAACGAUAACAAACACAUAAAAACAAAAAUAUAUAAAUAAAAUUCUGUUGGAAUUCAAGGAUCGUA